AUGCUACUGAGUCCUCAAAGACGAAAUCGCAGGCGAUGUUGGAUACUGAUGCUGAUAUGCUUGUUUUUCGUGGUAAUAUGGAGACUAGCUCGGAAACUGCGAACUCGAUCUCGAGGUUCAGAUUCAUUCGGCUUCUCGAACAUCAAUACCAGUAAAGAUUCCGUGUUUGCUGACGGUUGUGUGGACCCUUUAGUUUAUCAAGAUGCCCCACAUUAUGCGUCACAAAACGCUUCAUUCACGAUGCUUACUCGAAACUCUGAAAUCGAAACGGUUUUGAAGACUGUUAGAAGCAUUGAGCGACAUUUCAACCAAUGGUACCAAUACCCUUACAUUUUUUUAAACCAUGAGCCCUUCGAUCCAGAAUUCGUCGAGUUGGUUACUGCAACAACUGGGGCCAAAGUGCAGUUUGGCGUAUUGAGCGAACUCGAGUGGGAGUUUCCCCCUGGUCUACGCGAGCAACUCAUUUUCAAGGAAAGUAUAGAGGAACAAGGCGAUCGAGGAAUUUUAUACGGAAAUCUGGAAUCCUACCAUAAGAUGUGUCGUUUUUAUGCCGGGGCAUUUUACAAACACCCUUUGGUGGCCCAGUACGAAUGGUAUUGGAGGAUCGAACCGGAUGUGGAGUUUUUCUGCGAUUUGACUUACGAUCCAUUCUACGAAAUGAGUCGGCGCGGAAAGAAAUACGGAUUUACGGUUUUUAUCGAGGAGCUCUAUUGGACGGUACCCAACCUCUUUCGCUUUACUCGAAGUUUUAUCAGACGAAAAGGGGUCAAAGUGGGCAACUUAUGGCCUUUAGUGGCUAAAAGUUACAACUCAGACUUCAAAAACGACGACCUUUUGAUGAAGUUCAUCAACUUUGACAGUGACGUUGAAAGAGAGCUUACAAAAGAACGGAAAAUCAAAGAUUUAUUGGACACAGUUGGAAACACCAAGACAUCAGCACUUGAUCGUGAAGCUCUCAAACUAUUAAUCGAACGAGCUUCCAGAAAAGCGCCCAUUUUCGAGGACAAAUUUGACGACGAGGAAUUCAACUUGUGUCAUUUUUGGAGUAAUUUCGAGAUUGCACGCGUGGAUCUGUUCAGCACCGGGUUGUAUGCAGACUAUUUUGCUUAUUUGGAAGAAAGCGGUGGAUUUUGGGCCGAACGAUGGGGGGACGCACCAGUUCACACUUUAGGGCUGGCGAUGAUGCUAAACGUUGACGAUGUGCACUAUUUCCGCGACAUUGGGUACCAGCACUCUACCGUCGUGCAUUGUCCUAUCAACAAAGCUGGGGAACAGCUUCCUUAUGUGGAGACGCUGAAGCACCAGAAGUUGCGGCAUCAAUCUGGUGGUACAUUGCAAACUUUCUUCGACGACAUAACGAAAGUUCAAGAAAAGGAGAGUGAAUUUGGAGUAGGCUGCCGAUGCGUGUGUCCCACGAAAAGAGACGUUGAAGACACUAGUCAAUGUUUCCGCAAAUGGCACGACAUAAUCCGCGAUUAG